UGCCGGGUGUCCAUCUCCCCCGAGGAACCGACGGUGGAGUUCGGCACCUCCCUCCUCCUCAAUUGCACCAGCUCUUGCCAUAACUACAGCCGGUUGAACUGGGAGGUCUCCAUCACCAAGAUGGGGACGCGGGGACCCGGCUGGGUGUCCCUCGACAUCCCCAACGUCACCGACUGGAGCUUGGAGCUCCAGUGCUUCGGCGUUUUCGGGGAGCAGCGGGAUAUCGCCACCACCACCCUCCGUGCUUACC